AGUUGAUGACACCGCUGGGUCCCCUCACAGGCGGACUGAUUAGAUUAGACGUGAUAGCUGCAGUCCACGUUCGGAGCUGGCACACUUAGCCAAAUCGCUCGCAUGAAUUACGGGAGGGCCGGAAGCGCUGCUUUAGAGGGUCACUUGUAAUUUCGUUUAUAUGUGAUUAAAGGCUUUAUACAUGAAAAGGCUUAAUUUGCACCAGUUUCGUUUUCGAUUUAGGGGGUGUGUACGAAAUGUACUGUACUGCCAAACUUUGUUUUACCUCCGGGUGCACUUGUAUUUUGCGGGUCAAGGUUAAGUGUUUUUUCUUUUGUGAUGGAUUCGGUUACAAAUAGUAAUACUUUAUUCUUUUGCUUGGGGUGGAACUGCUAUAGAAGGACACCAACAUAACCUCACUGUAUGGGAAAACUACACAUAGUCUUCGAAGAUGUAUACACACAAGCACGCACAUAUUUAUAUUAUUUUCUUCCACCUGAGAAAUUAGCGGUGGAGAAAACGCCGAAGUGUUACAACUUAAAAACUUGGAAAGGCCAAGCGCCUUUGCCCACGCUCCGAAAAGAGCAGAGCCCGAGGCUGCUGCGAGGUGUACUCGAGCACUGCGACCGACCUCCGCAGAGCAGAACGGGGGCCGGGACCGGGCAGCCACGUCCGCCCCCCAGCAGCCGGGCGGGUGGCGGUAGCCGCAGAUUGCCACCGGAAAGGACGGCGCUCGGGAUCUCCCCCAGCGCCGGCUGAUAAGCUGUGACCGCGGCUGGUCCACUUCCCCCCGUUUAUUUUUUUAUUUCCCUUCGAAAGACAGUAAACAAUAAGUUCUGAGAAGGAAUGAAUAGCGAGCCCCCCAGCACCGUAGCAACCAGGGGCUAAUUCCGAAUUGCAGCAAGCCACGGCUAACGCGUUCCUCCGCGGGCGGGUCUGCGGGAGUUACGGCUGAGAGGAGCGCGGCGUUCCCGGAGUGUGUCGGGGUAAAUCACCUCUUCCCAAAUCCGGCGGCUCGGGAGGGAACGUCUUGGACUGAGCAAACCCAAGCUUUAGCAGCGAGUCCCGGCAGUGUCACUAUUAAUGACGACUAUUACAACAGUAAUAAUAGUAAUAAAAUCAGGAUCUAUCCAGCCGCCGUCGAGUCUGCCGAUGUCGUGGCCAGAAGAUUGUUUGUAACCUCCCUGGUUCCCUCCAUGCUCGGGUUCCCCAGAGGCGUCCCGGAGCCAGGAGGGAUGCCGCCAAACUCGCUCUCACCCGGUCGUGGGGAGGGAGCCCGGUCGAGCUCCGGGCUCACGGAGGGAGCAGCCCCUCGGGCAGGAGGCUUGCUGUAAAGAACUCCCAGGAAAAUAUUAAUACACGCAACAGAAGGUUAGCGGAGUUAUUAUCCUUUUCAAUUCAUUUUUUACUUAAAAACGCAAUGGAAUUAUUCAUUUUAUUAAGGAGGAAGAAAUUAAAGAUUAGGCUCUAAGGCGGUAUUUUACCUCCCUCUAAUCGCCUCUGGGAUCGGAUUGGAGUAAUCCUGACGACGAGAUGAAUUCGCCGGUGACUCGGAUUUCGAGUGCAUGUAGAGAUACGUUAUGAUAAUAAUGCAAGUGAGCAAUAUCAAGAACAUACCUUAGGAACGAAUUAAACACAAAGCCGAUUACGGGGAAAAAGAGAACAGCAGCUUUCCCGGGCAGAGUUCGAAAUCAACUCGGGGCAAAACUUUUGCCCUUAAUUUCUGUGAAGGUUUCUAACCGUGGGAGGCCGGCGGGCCUGCUCCUUCCCCUGCCAGCCCCUUCUACUGGGACUCGGUACUUGCAGCCAGCCUGGAGGGAGCCCGGGCCCGCCGUGCCCCCUCAAUAGAAACCGGCCGAGAGGUUCCUUAUUGCCACUUCCAGAGGCUGUAAAUCUCUCUGCCUCUGGAAAAACAACCCUGCACCAUCACGACUGCAGGAUAUUUGCGGCUCGGCAGAUGCGUAAUACUUCAAAAAAUAUGCGGUCCGAUAGCAAGGCAAAGCCCAGGACACAACUAAAAGGAUACGUCGAGGUUGAUUUUAGUAACUCGAUCUAUAUUGUGGGCAACAUCAGCGCCUAACAAGGCUCCAUCUCUGAAACAGAAGAGAUGACGUGCCGUCCCCCCUUUACCCUCCCCCCCGAAAAAUUUUGCUUUUAGAUCGCAAUGGAAAAUUAGUCAUUUACAUAAGUUAUUGUGAGAGGUACUGAAAGAAAGGGAGGUAUAUUUGUAAGGAAGUAACGAAUGAUAAAGAUAACGCUCCUUCAAAAGUGUAUCUCAAUAUUGAAAAGACCAGUAUAAUUGCAAUGGCUGGGCUGUAAUUGCUGCUUUGGGAUAUUUACCCUGCUCAAAUGACACUACACAUUUCAGUUUCAAACACGUGUCAAAAAGUCAAUCCCAAAAAGACCAGUUAAGAACAAGCUGUUAACAUAUUAAGUAUAUGAGAUUUGAAGCCUCUAAAACCCACUCAACAAUAAUUCCCUUCUUCAGCACCAAUCAAGAGGAAAUUUGCCUAGAUUGAAUUAAAUGGAAAUUGCUCUGAAGGAGGAAAUUCUCCUCUGGCGAACACAAAAUACCAAAGAGAGACACCGACGCUCCGGAGAAGCGGGUUUCCCGACACAGCUGCCCCUCACGGCGCUGGGGGACCCGGCUGCGGUCCCCGCGAGUCGGCGAUCCCUCCUUCCUCCAGGUUUUGAGACAUCCUUUUGCUCCCAAGCACUCGCUCCAUUUGGCCCGGGAGGCUCCUGCAUCCCCACGUGCUGGUCUCGCCGUCUGCUUGGUGGAAGUCCCCCGCUUAUUUGUCUACUGUGUUUUCCAAAAGCUCACCGCCACCUGACCUUGUUCUUUAAAGCAGUGAGCAGUCCCAGGAGCAGUCCCAGGAGCAGAGCAGCCAUUUCCCUCCCUCCCUCAGACACACACACGUACGCACGCACAAAGAGAGCUCGGGCUGGAAAGUGGCAAGGAAACAAACAGCUUCCCCUCCAGCCGCUUCUUCUGCAGCACCUUGUUUGACAAACACCCUGGCGCUUGCCCUUGAAUUGGGUUUCACAUCCCUAUUUAGCACUUGGACAAUGAUUUUAGAUGAUGUCAUUUAAAGCCAAACAAGAAAAUUGAUCUCGGAUUUGCUUGGCCUCUAAAGCCUGGUUAAGCAGAUUGCAAAUAAUAAUAAUAAAAAGAGAGAGGGAGGGAGGCAGAGGGGAGAGAGGCGAGAAGGAGGGAGGGCCACCUCCUUCCCUGGGCGGGGGAGACGCGGGCGCCAAUGAAAAGUAGGCGCUUGCUGGGGGGGAAAAACUUUUCCUGUUGACUGUUGGAAGCGAAUUGAGCAAUUAUCUAGUUUACCUUCUCCUCUUGGAAGUUAACGAUUGGCGAGAUCUUGGCUGCGUUAUUGACACAACACUUUCUAUUGAUAGAAAUAAGUAGCGAUUGUCCCGAGUCAUUGGUGCGCCAAAGUAAACUGUGAUGGGCUGGCAUGAGUCCACUGGACUGAGAAGGCUGGUUCCGCCGGCGGAGGUUGUGGUGAUGGUGGCGGCGGCGAUGCUGGUCUCCCUCCUCUCAGAUCAGUAACUAGAAAAGGGGCAGAGAAAGUGAAAGAGAGAGAGAGGGGAGAGAGGGAAAAAAAAAAAAAGAGGCGUCUACCAGAGCGGCUCAAACCGGGAGAACAAAUGCAAUUCAGCCAUGGACAAUAGUGGCAACCACACGGCGACCAAAAUCCUAGCGACUCCUCCGUCCAGAGAAAGCCUGUCUGCCAGGAGCAACAUGAUCAGCACGCCCAAGCCACUCGCCUUCUCCAUUGAGCGCAUCAUGGCGCGGACUCCAGAGCCCCGCUCCAUCCCCGUCCCGCAGCUCCUCCAUGGCUCCGUGGCCAAAGGCGACCCCAAGCAUCCGCUGCACCUCAACUCCUCCAUUCCCUGCAUGAUCCCCUUUGUCCCGGUGGCGUACGACACCCUGCCUAAAGCGGCGGUGGCUGGAGCGGAACCCAGGAAGGCUCACUUAGAUUCCUCUUCCUCGCCCUCCUUUAGCUGCGGCGAUCUCUUGAACUGUGCCCUGAGCUUGAAAGGAGAUUUCCCCCGCGAUGCCCUGCCCUUGCAGCAGUACAAACUGGUAAGACCCCGAGUGGUCAAUCACUCCUCCUUCCACGCCAUGGGAGCCCUGUGCUAUUUCAACCGAGGCGACAGCCCCUGUCACCCGUCCUCCAGUGUCAACAUCCACCCGGUGGCUUCUUAUUUCCUCAGCUCUCCCUUGCACCCGCAGCCCAAAGCUUACCUGGCGGAGCGGAACAAGCUGGUGCUACCGACCGUGGACAAGUACUCGGCGGGGGUGGCCUUCAAGGACUUAUCGCAGGCUCAGUUGCAGCACUACAUGAAAGAAAGUGCUCAGAUCCUCUCGGAAAAAAUCGCCUAUAAGACGUCGGAGUUCAGCCGCGGCUCCCCGAGCAACAAGCCCAAAGUUUUCACGUGUGAAGUUUGUGGAAAGGUAUUCAAUGCACAUUAUAACUUAACGCGCCAUAUGCCAGUGCACACGGGAGCCAGACCCUUUGUUUGCAAAGUUUGCGGGAAGGGCUUCAGACAGGCGAGCACGCUCUGCCGGCACAAGAUCAUCCACACCCAGGAAAAGCCACACAAGUGCAACCAGUGCGGCAAAGCUUUUAACCGGAGCUCGACUCUGAACACGCACACGCGAAUACACGCCGGCUAUAAACCAUUUGUCUGUGAAUUUUGUGGCAAAGGAUUUCAUCAGAAAGGCAAUUACAAAAACCACAAGCUGACUCACAGCGGGGAGAAGCAGUUCAAGUGCAAUAUCUGCAACAAGGCUUUUCACCAGGUGUACAAUCUAACCUUCCACAUGCACACCCACAACGACAAGAAGCCCUUCACCUGCCCCACCUGCGGCAAAGGCUUCUGCAGGAACUUUGACCUCAAGAAGCACGUCCGUAAGCUGCAUGACAGCGCCCUGGGACUGCCCCAGCCCCCCGCCGAGCUGGGGGGGCCCGACCCGCCGCCCCCGCCCGGGGCGCUGCUGCAGGGCCCGCCGCCGCUCCAGCCCUGAGGGGCGGCCGCCGGUGCGAGCCCCACCGCCUCUUUGCAUGCACCUGUUAAGCGGUUUUGUGUAUUAUGCUCUAUAUAGCCAAUAACGUUAAUGGGACUGGUUGUUUCUAUUUUUUUUUUAAUUUUUCCUUUGUUCUUUAGAGACUAUUUUAUUUUGUUGUCGAUGCAUCUCAGGUGGAGAGAUGGUUAAAAAAACAAAAAGACAAAAAGCGCCAAGCCAAUUUCUGAUGUAUUUAUUUGGGAAUCUGUAUUACCCGAGCCGGGAAUGCUGCACCACUUUAAUUAUUUUGAUGUAUAUAUAUAUAUUCCCCUUGUGUUGAUCCUGCCCUGCCUCCGCUGUCUGCUGGUUAUCCCACCCUUCUCGGUUUCCUCCUCUCCCUCUCCCUCUGAAUAUCGUAUCUAUAUGGACACAACUGUUCUCUAUGUACGGAUUUAAAUUUCGCAUUGAUUCUUGCACGUGGAGAGAAAAGAAAAAAAAAAAAAAAAAGAAUUCGUUAACCCGAUGGAAAUAAAUCUUUGCCAAGGA